AUGGUGUUCCUCAUGGUCACCCUAAAUUCAUGUUGGGACUCGAAACCCAAAAAAUUCGCCGACUGCAGUAGCCAGAGACCAAUAGAUAUCCGAAGCCGACAGAUAUUGUUGUUUAAAGUGGUGUUGGCUCGGGUCGAGUUGUACGGUGGAUGGUGGGUCCAUCUAAGCACAAACUGCAGGAACAUUGAAAAGGAGAUUAUCAGCAAGCAACCCAAAACAAACACAGGGAAUGAGAGUCUUUGUACAGAUGAAGAUUUUGAAGGCAUAGCUGUUGCAUUAGCUGCAGUAGCAGUUUUGUUGGACCUGUGGGAAUUCCAAGUGAAAAUCAACAAAAUUUUCAUUUAA